AAGAUUAGACAUGGCCCAGAACUUGAAGGACUUGGCGGGACGGCUGCCCGCCGGGCCCCGGGGCAUGGGCACCGCGCUGAAGCUGCUGCUGGGGGCUGGCGCCGUGGCCUAUGGUGUCCGGGAAUCCGUGUUCACCGUGGAAGGCGGGCACAGAGCAAUCUUCUUCAAUCGGAUCGGUGGAGUGCAGCAGGACACUAUCCUGGCCGAGGGCCUUCACUUCAGGAUCCCCUGGUUCCAGUACCCCAUUAUCUAUGACAUUCGGGCCAGACCUCGAAAAAUCUCCUCCCCUACAGGCUCCAAAGACCUGCAGAUGGUGAAUAUCUCCCUGCGAGUGCUGUCUCGACCCAAUGCUCAGGAGCUUCCUAGCAUGUACCAGCGCCUAGGGCUAGACUACGAGGAACGAGUGUUGCCGUCCAUUGUCAACGAGGUGCUCAAGAGUGUGGUGGCCAAGUUCAAUGCCUCACAGCUGAUCACCCAGCGCGCCCAGGUAUCCCUGUUGAUCCGCCGGGAACUGACAGAGAGGGCCAAGGACUUCAGCCUCAUCCUGGAUGAUGUAGCCAUCACAGAGCUGAGCUUUAGCCGAGAGUACACAGCUGCUGUAGAAGCCAAACAAGUGGCCCAACAGGAGGCCCAGCGGGCCCAGUUCUUGGUAGAAAAAGCAAAGCAGGAACAGCGGCAGAAGAUCGUGCAGGCCGAGGGUGAGGCCGAGGCUGCCAAGAUGCUUGGAGAAGCUCUGAGCAAGAACCCUGGCUACAUCAAACUUCGCAAGAUCCGGGCAGCCCAGAAUAUCUCCAAGACGAUCGCCACAUCACAGAAUCGCAUCUAUCUCACUGCUGACAACCUUGUGCUGAACCUACAGGAUGAAAGUUUCACUCGAGGAAGUGACAGAAGGCGGGGAGCGCUGACAAGCCCAUGGGUAGGUAAGGGACACAGCUUGGAGGAGACGCCAUCCUCAGGCCGUCCAUCUAGUGGCACCUCCAUUUUCCUUCUCAAAUCUGUUGAAAGUCAUCACUGAAGAUCCCCUGGGUCACAGGGAAGCAGUCAGGUGAGGACUGGGCUUAAUAUGGACCCAAAUCCCCAGGUGUCCUUGUUCCUCAAUCCCGCUUGUUCUAAGGUGGAGACAGUCCCCACUAUAGACUGCAGGCUCCUCCCAACCCUUCCCUCUCCCUCCCCUGCUCUCCAGGUAGCCUCUGGCAGUCAGUCUGCCGCCAGCACCUCUGCCAGUCCACCACCAGUUCCUUCUCCUGGGCUCCCUCCUGGCCCUACACCAAGCAGCAACAUCUCCCAGGACAAAGGACACAGGGUGAUUUUUGGCAGCAGAAAUUGGGAAGGCCAGAGAAUGGGAGGGAGGCAGACUGGCAAACAGGAAGAGCUGGAGCUGGAGUGUGGAUUCGGAGCCCUCAGUAGCGCUCCAGAUUUGGGGUGGGGGUCAGGUACUUGUGGGGCCAGUCUUGCUGAAGGCUAAGGGUGGGCCCUGAACUGACAAGAUCCCACCUGCCUUCAGGGAAGGAAGGAGGUUGGCUCUGGAGCAGCUCAGGAGGCUUUGUCUCACAAUUCCUUGGGCCAGAUUCAACUAAGUUCUGGGAAUACUCAAAAGCUCUAAACAGAUUCCAGAGCACUGGGGAACUGGGCACAGGAGCGGGAACACUUCCUUGGCCUGGGAAUGAGUCAUCACUCUGAAGCGCCUUGAAUUGGUUGGCACUCACUUUACCACUCCGUGCACACCUUCCCUGCCCCUCCCAGGGCCUCCCUGAGACUAGGCCAGCUCCUGGUCUCCCUGGGUGCCCCAACUCCUUUCCUCUUGCUCUAGGAUAGCUCCCAUUCCUUUUCCCACCCUCGGCUUUGUUCCAGGACUCCCCCUUCCCCUCACAUUCUCUCCCCAUUUCAUUUCCUUUCUGCACUGCUCAGUUCAGUCUCCCACUGGGCCUUGGCCCAAGCCCUUUCCAAAUCCCUUCCAGGCUGAGCUCUUCUCCCUUGUUUUUUAAUCACUAAGGAAUGGGCUACGAUGGAGACUCAAAGAAAAAUUUAGGGAUGUGUGGGGAUAGGCCAUGGUGAGAGUCACAAAAGAAACCAGUGUCUACUGUCUCCCAUUCCUCCCCUACCUGUCGGCCGGCUGCAGGAAACAUCACACAGGCACACCCCCUGCCAUCCCUCACCCCAGCUCUCUCUCUGGCUCAGCCCCCCACAACCCACUGGUCUCCAGGCAACGGCACAAAGGGAGAGUGGAGAGAAGGGCCUGGGAGGCCCAGGCAGAGCUAGCUGUAACCCAACCCCAGUACUUUGGGGGUGGGGGCCCAGACUGUCGGAGAACCAAGCUGGGGAGGAGGGAGGAACGUAAGGACAGAGGUUAAGAACUAGCCUCAAACUGGAGUAGUCCUGGUCAGUCCAGGAGUUACUUAGGUAGGAUGGGUUAUCAUGGACCCCAGAGAAAACUGAAAGGCACAGACAAAAGUACAGGAACCCCCAAGGGAGGCAGAAAGGGACACCAGGAGAUAGGAGAAAAGGGAAAGAUGAGAUGCUCACACUGAAAUUAAAAGGCACAGAAACGGAAAGGGGGCAUGAAGCUCUUUGAACUGAAAAUGGCUGAGGUAUCAGGGACCCAGCAAGAAGGGCAAGAAGUGGGCCCUGUCCAUACAGAACUAGAAUCCUCUUUUAGCCCUCGAGCUGCGCAGGAUGGCAGAGGGAGCCAGGACCAAACCAUAGCAGAAGCAGAGUGGGAGGCCCACAGGAGACAGCCUUGAAAUUCCUCCUGCUUAGCAUCCAGUAUGGCGUCCUGCAAAACUCUCGCUCCCUCUAGUGGCCAGAUCUCCCAUGUGCAGACCCUACCUGUGGGAUGCAACCUUGCAUCCAAGCCACUAGGAAGGGAUUUGUUCCCAUAGCUGGUACCUAGGCUGAGCAUCUCAACGCUGAGGCCUCACAAGAGUUAACGAGUUAUGGCUAAGGAGUAAUAUGUCUCGAGCCCCAUACUGGAACCCCACUAUUAGUCUGGCCUAGUCACGGGUCUGUGAAGCACUUUUGUUCCUGAAUCUUCAGUUUAUUGGAGGACUCUGUUUCCUCAGGUCCUUCUCUAUGGUACCUCCAGAAUCAUUCUUCCCUCCCAUUUUCCCGUCUUGCAGUGGUCAAUGGCCAUGAAGUCCUGUUCCAUUCCCCAACCAGCCAGGAUUUUGUUGGCAGAGGCCCAGUACAGGAGCUGGUCCAGUCCACAGGCCCGUUGGAUAUGAAAACACCUCAGACCCCCUUUCCCCCAAAAUGCGCGUGCACACACACACACGCACGCACACACACACAUGCACACACACGCAUAUGCACAUGCACACAUACUAUUUUAUGCUUUUAGGGGCUCCUGAACCCCUUAAUUCACCUGGCCCUCGGAGCCAAGCCUACUGCUAAGAAAGCAGGGGCCACAUGUACCCCACCUAGCCAGAAUAGGGUAGGCAGUGCCAUCAUCUUGGCCCUAUUUGUUCAGCUUGUCUUCCUCUUUUUGUGUCCUCCCCAGCUCUGCUAUCCAGUUUUACCAGUUUCCAUCUCCUCUCCCCUCAUAUGGCCUACAGUAAGACUCCUCAGACACAACAGUGCACGGAUUCAGACUUUAAUGGUGGUGUUCAUUUCAAUGCCACAGAGAUGGUGGCAACUGUGGAACGUGGCAUGGGGAGUGAGAGGUUGCUCUGGUGCAGCUGGAGGAAGAACAGGGAAACCGGGGUUGGGAGAGAUGUAUAGAGGAAAACUCCCCCAGGCACAGCCUCCGCUCUGGACCAACGCAGGCUUCGGUGAGUACACACAAAGGAACUGAUGUCCAGGCCCUUUCUAUGACCCUUCCCAUUCUAGCAAGACCUCCCACCCCAGUCAUCUUGGGAUCUACAGCCACAUGAAAUACAGACACAUCGUUCCCUCAAGUCAAGCCAAUUUUAGGCCAUAGAGUUAUGGGGAAAUGAUGAAUUAAUGGGAUGAA